UUUUUCAUUGAAAGUAUUUUCCUAGUAAUAAAAACCAAUCUAAAAUUUAUUGCUGUUUCACCCUUUUCUUUCCCACAAAAAAUAUUUUUUACAACUGGUUAUAAUCUUUUAGUUACACGAAUUCUAAACCACAAAAAAAAAUUUUUUUUCUUAUUUCUCUCACAUCUUUCAUUCUUUUCUCUUUCAUAUGCACAUCGAUUUACACAAAACAACUUGCCUCAUUUUUAUUUUUUCGCAAUCUGUCAUUGCUGGUUUUUUCCAAAAAUUUUUUUUCGGGCGAGGACGUGGUCUCCUAAAUGUUUGUCAAGCUAUAGUAUUUUUGUCAGUCCUCUCAAAUUAGUU